AUGGAUACACUCCCGAAUACGGGUGGCAAACACCGCUUAAAGAGCACUACGAGAGGGCGUUUGCAUAGCAAACGCAGCAUUCCUCAUCUAUCACGAACCAAAUUAGCAUCAACACCCGCAUCACCAACCACACCAACACUUUCAGAAAAGCAAUCUAUAGAUCCAAAGCCAGCACAACAAGCCAGCCACACUCUCUCAACAGCAUCAUUCAUUAGACACAAUCAGGAACUAUCAUCCAAUCUUCAAUCUCUAGGACGUUCCAAAGCAGCAUUACCGAGAAAUGGAGUACAACUUACACUACCUCAUUGGAAAGAUCAAGAAACCAGCUCUUCCAGUUGUAGUGUAGAUUCACGUCUUCAGGCCAGGACAACCAGUUUGGGCUCGACACCUAAAAUUAAAGAAAAGCCAACAGAAGACCCACAUAGACCCUCAGAUCAGGAAAUUGAGCGAAGAUUUAGACUAGCAUCAAAAGAUUACCUACACACAAAUUUGGUCGAUAUAUCAAACCUUUCAAAUGACCGAAAAUGGUGGUUACUGUGUAAUCAAAAAGAAUUCACGAAACUCUUUUCAAACACAACAAAGAAGAGGCAGAAUGGUCUAACACGAGCACGUAGUCGAACUAACCUGAAGGAUACAGCACCAAAAGUGCUUACACCACAAGCAUUCCUCAGGCCGUUCCUAGCAGAUAAUCGAUCCGGAAUCACCCUACGCUUAGUCAAAGACCUUGAGGCGCAACUAAGAACAUCGUCUCUCGGUUGGAUACGCCAGUUUAUCGAAGAAAAUGGCAUGCGAAUAAUAAUAAAGGAGCUCGGGAUGAUUAAUAACAAUCCGGCAAGAGAGCAAAAGAACUAUUUGAUUGAACUAGGAAUCAUAAAAUGCCUCAGACCCAUGUUUAAUCACAUCAUUGGCAUUCAAGAGGCUCUUAGCGACCCAUUCUGUAGUAUUCACCUGAUACUUUCUCUUCUCUCACCUUACAUCCCAGCAAGAACAGCCGCAUGCGAUGCACUUACUUUUCUCUGCUAUUGCGAUGUUCCUACAGGUCACUCUAUGGUUCUACGCGGCAUGGAUCACUUGACAGAAUGUAGCCAUGAGUAUGGUAGAUUUGAUUCAUGGCUCAAGGCUCUAGAUAGUACCUUAGAAAAUCGAGGGAAGAUGGGCUCUUUAGUGGGCGCCAAUAAAGAUCUGUGGCAGACUGAAGUAAUAGGCACUCCCAGCAGUCCAGAGGCUCAUCUGAUGGAAUACGCACUUUCUAAUAUGCUUCUUGUUAAUGCCAUAUUGGACCCUGAUACCGUCGAGGGUUUCGAUAGUCGGAUGGCAUUUCGAAACCAGCUCCAUCAAAGUGGUCUUUCCCAAAUUCUUGUCAAAAUGAAUAGCCUAAAUUACGAGAAAUUAAAUGAGAAAAUAUUUCAGUUUAAAGAUCUAGAGGACUUCGAUUCAGCCUCACUAUACGGAGGUUUGGUCGUAGGCUCUGUUAUAGAUCCAGCGGAUGUACUUGAUAAAGUACUUGCUACUAUUCGAGGAACGCAUGCGUACGAAUCUUUACAAAAUACCCUUCACCACCUUUUGUUGAUUCAGUGCGACCCUGAAAAGAGAAAUCGAUAUUAUCAACUUAUUGACUCUAUUGUUUGUGAGAUUGUGCUGGAUCACAAAAACUCACCACAAGAGUUUUUGGAUGACUAUACAUCUUCAGUACACGACAUGAUUGCAAGAUACACCAAAGGAUCACCACCAGACGAAACUACGGAAGAAAACAAUACAUCGUUAAAUAAGUCUAUAGAGCGUGAGAAAGAAUUACAGCGACAAAUUAACCUUGGAGCAGGUGGUCUUGUAGGUCAAUUAAAUUGUAAAAUUGAUUCACUUGAAGAAGCCUUAAAGGCUUCGAACUUGGCAAAUAUUGCAUUAAAACAAAGAUUGAGUGACCUUGAAAUCGAGUUCCAAAAUACUCUCGAGGCAACAGACGCACAGAUAAAACGACUUUAUGAUACAGUCAGAGAGCAGACUGAAUAUGGAUCCCCAACUGAUAAAAGACGUCGAGUCAGAGGAGUUCGCAAGCCAAAGAUAGAUGGAGACACUCGCCCUUUAUCUAUAUCGUCUAUAUUACUCGAUGAAUCGCUCCAUGCGGAAGCUUUGACAGAAUCUCCUAUUGAAGUAACGAGCCCUCUUCCACCAACACAGUCUCAAUCGCAACCACAUCCACAUCCACAGCCAAACCCCUCAUCUGGAAACGGAAAACCAUCACUGAGAGUAAGCAUCGGUUCACGUAUGAGCAACCUGGUUAGACGAUCAACACAACCCGAGAUUUCACCCGUUCCCAAAAAACCGACCAGUCCUAAAAUCAACGACACCCCAAUUAUAGAAGGCUCUCUUCCUCCACAAGCAAAAUUACGAUACAGUGAAGAUCAGUUGCCCACCCCGAGUGCUACAAAAUCUACCAGUCUCUUAG